GUCUUCUCUGCAAUGGGAGCAGCUCCCCUCAUCCCCUGAAAAUGUAUGCCUGCACCAAGUUUGUGUCCACCCCCUCCUUGGUCCGGAGCACCUCUCAGCUGAGCCGGUCAAUGUCUGCAGUGGUGCUGAAACGACCAGAGACACUGACAGAUGAGAGCCUCAGCAGCUUGGCAGCCCCACGUCCCCUGACCUCGCUUAUUUCUAGCUGUAGCUUCCAAACCAGUACCAUUUCAAGGGACAUCGACACAGCAGCCAAGUUCAUUGGGGCUGGGGCCGCCACAGUAGGGGUGGCAGGCUCUGGGGCUGGAAUUGGGACUGUGUUUGGGAGCCUCAUCAUUGGUUAUGCCAGGAACCCUUCUCUGAAGCAACAGCUCUUCUCCUACGCCAUUCUGGGCUUUGCCCUCUCAGAGGCCAUGGGGCUCUUUUGUCUGAUGGUGGCCUUUCUCAUCCUCUUCGCCAUGUGAAGGAGCUGUCUCCACCUCCCAUAGUUCUUUUUCCCGUGUCUUGUCUGCCCUGUAUGUUCCUUUUCCUAUACCUUCCUAGGCAGCCUGGGGAAAGUGGUUGGCUCAGGGUUUGACAGAAGGAAGACAAAUAAAUACUGUAUUAAUAAGA